AUGAGGAACCAACAACUUAAGUUUCUCACAUUUCACCAAAGCAGUGAAGUUUUCCUUAAUCACUCAUUGCCAUGGCCUUCAAAACACUGUUCCAUAGCACUUUGGUUUUGCUUUUUGCUUUUUCAUUUUGUGUUUUGGAGGCCAAUGCUCGCACUCUCCAAGAUGCCUCGAUGCGUGAAAUGCACGAGCAGUGGAUGAUUACACAUGGAAAACUCUACUUGGACUCUUACGAGAAAGAGCAGAAAUACCAAGUAUUCAAGGAAAACGUGCAACGCAUUGAGGCAUUUAACAAUGCUGGAAACAAGCCUUACAAGCUUGGCAUAAACCAGUUUGCUGAUCUCACAAAUGAGGAAUUCAAAGCCAGAAAUAGAUUCAAGGGUCAUAUGUGUUCUACCAUAACAAGAACACCCUCUUUUAAGUAUGAACAUGUCACAGCAGUGCCAACUUCAUUGGAUUGGAGACAGAAAGGAGCUGUUACACCCAUUAAGAACCAAGGACAAUGUGGAUCUUGUUGGGCAUUUUCUGCUGUUGCAGCAACAGAAGGAAUCACUAAGCUGACCACUGGCAAACUGAUAUCUUUAUCGGAACAAGAGCUUAUUGAUUGUGACACAAAGGGUGAGGAUGAAGGUUGUGAAGGAGGUUUAAUGGACGAUGCCUUCAAAUUUAUCCUGCAAAACAAAGGACUUACAACAGAAGCUGCGUACCCUUAUGAAGGAAUCGAUGGAAUCUGUGAUGCAAAAGCAGAAAGCAGCCAUGCAGCUAGCAUAAAGGGGUACGAGGAUGUGCCUGCGAAUAGUGAGAGUGCGUUGCUGAAAGCUGUUGCUAAUCAACCAGUUUCAGUAGCAAUUGAUGCGAGUGGAUAUGAGUUUCAGUUUUAUUCAAGUGGUGUGUUCAAUGGAUCAUGUGACACUAACUUGGAUCAUGGUGUGACUGCUGUGGGGUAUGGAGUGAGUGAUGAUGGAAGUAAGUAUUGGUUGGUGAAGAAUUCAUGGGGAGUGAAGUGGGGAGAAAAAGGAUACAUUAGAAUGCAAAGAGAUGUUGCUUCUAAAGAAGGCUUGUGUGGCAUAGCAAUGCUGGCUUCCUACCCAACUACAUAAUUGUCUACCAAACUUUCUUACUGUUAUAUAUUUCACAAUCUGUAUCUAUUGUACAAAUCAUAAGUGUGUCUGAAAAAAUUACAAUAUCCAAUGUACAAAUCAUAUUUAUAGGUCUGAAGAAAUUACAAUAUCUAAUGUACAAAUCAUAUUUAUAGUUCUGAAGAAAUUAGAGAGUGAUUUAUUCAAACUUUGUAAAUAAUAAGAAGUGA